AUGGAGAGCCACACAAUUCCUCUCUGGACACCAUCUCACGAUGACUUAACAAAGUCUCCAAUGGCUCAAUUCCGAGACAUGGUCAGCAAAAAAACUGGUCGUAUUUUUACCACCUAUCACGACCUUCACGAUUGGUCCGUGGAUCCAGAAACAACAGGGGAUUUCUGGAUGAUGCUGUUCGAAUUUCUCAACCUGGGCGCGUCAGUCUUGCCAACCAAAGCCUUCGAGCCUAUGUUCCCAAGUCCGAAAUUCUUCCCUUCCGCGAAGCUGAACUUCGCUGGCAGUGUUCUAUCCCAGCGCAAUUCUACGGCCACAGCGCUUAUUGAGGCUCGUGAAGGAUCUUGGGAAACAAAUAUUAUCACAUGGGGGCAACUCUACAGCCGUGUGCAGCAGAGAGCAGAUGCUCUAAAGUCAUUGGAAGUCGGAGAAGGCGAUCGUGUCGCAGCAGUCAUUGCAAACACCGAACAUUCAAUUUCUCUGUGCCUGGCUACCCUAUCAUUGGGUGGAAUUUGGUCUUCGAUAUCUCCAGACUUUGGUGCGAAAGGGAUUCUAGAUCGACUGCUCCAAAUUCGCCCAAAGGUAGUCUUCGCGGACAGUUCGACAAUUUACAAUGGAAAGCGGCAUGACCUUCUUCCUACCGUGCGUGAUUGGGCCAAAGUUCUGGCAGAGGACGAGUCAUUGAUAAAUAUCAUAUUCACGCCUUCAGAUCGGAUGUUAGAAAUUAAUUCCGUCAAGAAAUCAAUUGAUUACAGCACAUUUCUAUCCUUUGCAAUUGGUCGGCCACUCGAAUUUCUGCAGCUGCCAUUUAGCCAGCCAGCCUUCAUCUUCUAUUCGUCUGGAACCACCGGCUUUCCCAAAUGCAUCCUACAUAGCGCAGGCGGCGUGUUGCUGCAAGUUAGGAAAGAUUAUGAGCUGCAUAUCGGGCUGUUACCAAGUGAUAUCCUCUUUCAGUAUACGACCACAGCGUGGAUCAUGUGGGCUUUCAUCAUUUCCGCUCUCGGGACCGGCUCGACCAUUGUCCUAUAUAGUGGCUCUCCGGUGUAUCCCAACGUUAACUUCCUGCCGAGAUUGGUCUCAAAACUGAAGGUAUCAGUUCUUGGAACCUCUGCCAAGUACCUCACAGACUUGAAGGAUAGUGGGAGUAGGCCGAGAUCCGAUAUCGAUCUGUCAUCUUUGCGGAAAGUCUCGUCCACUGGCUCUGUGCUGCCGAUGGAUGUUGCUGUACGGUUUUAUAAGCAUGGAUUUCCGAAGGACGUCCAGUUAAUAUCAGGAAGCGGAGGAACGGACUGCUCAUGCGCUUUUGUUUGCGGCAACCCACUGCUCCCUCUCCAUGCGGAUGAGAUCCAAAGCAAAACACUCGGCAUGGCCGUCGAUGUACUCAAUUCUGACGGACAAAUAAUCCAGUCAGGAGAACCAGGUGAAUUGGUGUGCAAGCGGCCUUUUCCCAGCCAGCCUAUAACUUUCUGGGGCGACGGCGGAGAGGGUGCGUAUAAAAACUCGUACUUUUCCAUGUUUGGGACAACAGUGUGGGUUCAAGGUGACUUGAUUCGAAUUGGGCAAAGGACUCGGGGAAUACAGAUGCUAGGGAGAUCAGACGGAGUCCUCAAUCCAGCUGGCGUAAGGUUCGGUUCUGCAGAAAUCUACAACGUGAUCAGGCACUUCACCGAAAUCGAUGACAGCGUAUGCGUUGGCCAGCGACGACCUCAGGAUCGAGAUGAAUCUGUCCUUCUCUUCGUCAAGCUAAAAGCUGGUGUCAAAAAGACAAAAGUUUUUAAAGACCAAGUGAAGGAAGAGAUCGGAGAGAAGUUGACUCGGAGGCACGUCCCUAGAUACGUGUUCUACGUAGAUGCGAUUCCUUAUUCGAUCGUGGGCAAGAAGUUAGAGAUUUUGGUGAAGAAUAUCGUCAAUGGGAGGAAAGUGAAAAGUAGUGUUGUUGUCAAUCCAGAAAGUCUGGUGAUUUACGAGAGAUUCUUCGAUCUGGAAAAGGCUGCAAAGGAUGAAGAUCGAGUGGUUCCAAAACUGUGA